CGUCAUCUUCUACAUGGACAAAGAUUCUCACUACUUGACUAAUCAUUGCUCAUCAUGUCAAAACCGUAUCACAUGUGGGUUGCGGGUCAAGAACGACCGGGAAAGGCGGAGUUAAUACCGGUUGAAGAUCCUGCUACUGGUGAAAUAUUUGCGCAAUGCCAUGCUGCAUCCGCCGAAGACGUCCAUGAGACAAUUCAACUGGCACACCAAGCCUUCAGGUCCGGCGCUUGGUCUAAAGCGCCCAGGCAAACCCGCGCAGACGUCCUGGACAAAGCAGCCGCUCUAUUGACCGAACACCUUCCCGAUCUCAUACACCUAGAAGUCCGCCAAACCGGCCGGGCAAUUCGCGAAAUGAACGCACAGGUGCCGACACUGGUCAAGUGGUUCAAAUACUACGCAGCAUUACUCCGCAUCGAGCAGCGGUCCGUCUUGCCCACGAUGGGCAAGCUGCACAACUGGGUUGACCGUGUUCCGCUGGGAGUAGUUGUGCAGAUCACGCCGUUCAACCACCCCCUAUUGAUCGCGGUCAAGAAAUUGGCACCGGCAUUAGCAGCUGGAAAUAGUGUCGUGGUGAAGCCAAGCGAGCUGACACCCCUGACCACACUUUUACUCGGAAAGUUGCUCAAACAGGCAGGAAUACCGGAUGGUGUCUUCAACGUUUUGCCGGGCUUCGGCGUGACGACGGGUCGUGCAAUGGUAGAGCACCCUCUUGUUCGGAAGGUAGAUGUUACGGGUGGCACGCAAGCUGGGAGGGCGAUUGGCUCUAUCGUUGGAGGAAAUCUCGCUAGGUUCACUGCGGAACUUGGAGGCAAGGCGCCGCUCGUCGUUUUCGAGCAAGCCGAUGUGGAUGUCGCGGUGAACGGCAUUGCGUUCGGCUCGUUCAUCGCCAGUGGGCAGACAUGCGUCGCGAGCACUCGAAUCAUCGUGCACAAUAAAGUGCUCCCACACGUGCUUGAGUGGCUCAAGGCCAAGGCCGAGUCAAUAAUGCGGCGGAUGGGCUCACCCAGCAACGUGGAGUCGAUGAUGGGCCCGCUAGUCUCAGCUAAACAACUGCGAAAUGUGGAGAAUCUGGUUGGCGAGGCGGUUGACAGUAAAAAUGCCAUAGCCAUCACUGGAGGAGGCCGAAUGAUGGGCCAAAGCACGCUCGAUAGGACUGAUUUCUCCAAGGGCUACUUCUUCCCGCCUUCUAUCCUGACGUCCAAUACGACCGAUCGCGGCAGUAUUCUGAAGACCCGAAUCUGGAAGGAAGAAGCAUUCGGCCCCGUCAUCGUCGUCGUCGGAUUCGACACAGAAGAAGAGGCUAUCACCCUGGCCAACGACAGCGAAUUUGGCUUGGGUGCUGCAAUCUGGACCAAAGAUCUAGCGCAGGCGUUCAGGGUGUCGGAGCAGAUUGAGGCGGGCAUCGUAUGGAUCAACACACAUCAUCGCAAUGACCCGAGCAGUCCCUGGGGUGGGGCCAAAUCGUCGAGUGGUGUGGGAAGCGAGAACGGGGUUGAUGCGUACAAUGAGUAUACCACUAUGAAGAGUACGGUUGUAAAUUAUGCUUCGACGGAAGAGGCCUUGGCUUCGGAGGAUUGGUUUAAGGAAGGGAAUGGGGAUGUGAGGUAUGGUUGAGGGGAGGUGCACAGCGUGUACGUUAGUAUUCGUAAUCAGGCUUCAAAUAGUAGCAUACAGUAGUAGCCCGUGCCCAAUAUUGAUUAUCUUCCGUAGAGCGCGCACCCAUUAAUACCGACUUGAUCGUG